UAUUUUGAUAAUUCUACAUAUUUAUGAAUGUUAAUUUCAAUAAAAAAAUUGUAUAAACAAGAAUAGAAUUUUGCAACAAAAUAAAUUACUUCAAUCCCAUACAAAGAACGGCAAUUAAAAGAUAUUUUUGUAUAAGGACAUUUAUUACUCUAAAAUAAUAUUAUCUGAAAUAUGUGGAAUUCUCCACUUCAUAUGAACGUUUCUCACAACACAUGCGUUUUAAAUAUUUGAGAUAAAAUGAUGAAAAUACGUUUUUUCGCCCCACCCAUACACGAAAAAGGAUAAGAACUCAGCAAGAUCUGCGCUGUUGGUAACUUACAUAAUUUCAUUUCAGAACCAAAAUAAAACUGGAAACAACUCAAAAUAUUUUGUCUUUAGCACAAUAGUUAUAUUUAUAACGGCGAUUUAAAAAUUGAUAAAAAAAAAAGAUAAAGAGAUAUAUAUUUAUGUUGUUCUCAAAGGUAUGCAAAAAAUGUAAAAUUUACUGAAAGAAGAAGCAUUUAUUUAGUACAUCCAAAAGAAGACAUCCAAAUGACAAAAUGUGGAUUUUAGGACUAUAUUUCGUGUAUCAUUGUACUUUCUUUACAUCAAGAACAGUGAGCGCCGUAUUCCUAGAAAAAUCUGAUAAUCCAACUGUGUACAAUAUUGGUGGCGUUUUAAGUGGAAAUGAAAGUGAAACAUAUUUUGCAACUACCAUAUCUCAUUUGAAUUUCAAUCAGGAGUAUGUGCCAAAAGGAAUAACAUACUAUGACAAAACAAUACGCAUAGAUAAAAAUCCAAUAAAAACCGCAUUGAAUGUAUGUAAACAUUUAAUAUCGAAACGAGUAUUUGCUGUUGUUGUGUCACAUGAGCCUUCAGGGGACUUAUCACCGGCGGCUGUCAGUUAUACUAGUGGAUUUUAUCAAAUUCCAGUUAUAGGCAUCUCUUCUCGUGACGCAGCUUUUUCUGAUAAAAAUAUCCAUGUGUCCUUUUUGAGAACUGUUCCUCCUUUUUACCAUCAAGCUGAUGUUUGGCUAGAAAUGCUAAAUUAUUUUGGAUAUACGAAAGUAAUAAUCAUUCAUAGUUCGGAUACAGAUGGUCGUGCUAUUCUUGGUCGUUUUCAAACAACAUCUCAAACUUCUUAUGAUGAUAUAGAUGUCCGUGCAACAGUGGAAUCAAUCGUAGAAUUCGAGCCAAAACUAGAAAGCUUUUCUGAACAUUUGUUUGAAAUUAAAUCAGCACAAUCUAGAGUAUAUUUAUUGUACGCCAACAAAGAAGAUGCGUCCGUAAUAUUUAGAGAUGCAAAAGUACAAAAUCUUACCGGACCAGGGCAUGUUUGGAUAGUUACUGAACAAGCGUUAAAUGCAAAUAAUGUUCCAUCCGGAGUCUUAGGACUAGAAUUACACUAUUCUAAUCAUGAGCGAGAACACAUAAGAGACAGUGUUUAUGUUCUUGCAUCAGCUAUCAAAGAAAUGAUGACAAAUGAGACUAUAACAGAAGCUCCCAAGGACUGUGACGAUUCUGGAACUAUUUGGGAAACAGGAAAACGUAUUUUUCACUACUUAAAAACCAGAAAUAUAAAAGGUCACACAGGGCAGGUAGCUUUUGAUGACAAUGGAGAUCGAAUUUAUGCUGGAUAUGAUGUCGUUAAUGUUUUGGACAGACAAAAUAAAAUUAAAGUCGGAAGCUUUUAUUAUGAUGAGGAAAAACAAAAAAUGCGAUUAAGGAUAAAUGAGAGCUUAAUUGUCUGGCCAGGAGGAGUACAUCGGAAACCAGAGGGCAUAAUGAUACCUACUCAUCUAAAAGUACUCACUAUUGAAGAAAAACCAUUCGUUUAUGUGAGAAAAUUAUCUGAUGAUGAAAUAGACUGCGAAGACGAUGAAAUACCGUGCCCUCAUUUUAAUAGUACAGAUGGAGUAGAAAAUUUUUUCUGUUGCAAAGGAUACUGUAUGGAUCUUUUAAAAGCAUUAGCAACCAGAAUUAACUUUACAUACGAUCUAGCAUUGUCUCCGGAUGGCCAAUUCGGACAUUAUGUAUUAAAAAACUCCUCUACACUUUCUGUAAAAAAAGAAUGGACUGGUUUAAUAGGAGAAUUAGUAUACGAGAGAGCAGACCUCAUUGUAGCCCCGUUGACAAUUAACCCAGAACGUGCAGAAUUUAUUGAAUUUUCAAAACCAUUUAAAUAUCAAGGCAUAACCAUACUAGAAAAAAAACCUUCCAGAUCAAGUACUUUGGUAUCAUUUUUGCAACCAUUUAGUAACACUUUAUGGAUUCUUGUUAUGGUAUCUGUUCAUGUUGUUGCACUUGUUCUAUAUUUGUUGGAUAGAUUCUCACCAUUUGGUCGUUACAAAUUAACAAAUAGUGAUGGCACUGAAGAAGAUGCAUUAAAUUUAUCCUCUGCAAUAUGGUUUGCCUGGGGAGUUUUAUUGAAUAGUGGAAUUGGCGAGGGGACACCAAGAAGUUUUUCAGCACGAGUGUUAGGAAUGGUAUGGGCUGGAUUUGCAAUGAUCAUUGUUGCUUCCUAUACUGCCAAUCUCGCUGCGUUUUUAGUUUUGGAAAGACCCAAAACAAAACUAUCUGGUAUUAACGAUGCAAGAUUAAGAAAUACUAUGGAAAACUUGACUUGCGCUACUGUUAAAGGAUCAGCAGUUGAUAUGUAUUUUAGACGACAAGUAGAACUAUCAAACAUGUAUAGAACAAUGGAGGCCAAUAAUUAUGCAACAGCAGAACACGCAAUUCAAGAUGUUAAAGAUAGAAAAUUAAUGGCAUUCAUUUGGGACUCAUCUCGGUUAGAAUAUGAAGCAGCUAAAGAUUGUGAACUUGUAACUGCUGGUGAGUUGUUUGGCAGAAGCGGUUAUGGAAUCGGGCUACAAAAGAACUCUCCUUGGACUGAUGCUGUUACUUUAGCUAUAUUAGAUUUCCAUGAAAGUGGUUUUAUGGAAUCAUUAGAUAAAGAAUGGAUAUUUCAUGGAAAUAUACAACAGUGCGAACAAUUCGAGAAAACACCAAAUACUCUAGGAUUGAAAAACAUGGCUGGAGUUUUUAUAUUGGUUGGUGCAGGAAUAAUUGGAGGAAUCGGCUUAAUAAUUAUAGAAGUUGUGUACAAAAAACAUCAAAUUAAGAAGAACAAACGAUUAGAAAUUGCCAGACAUGCAGCAGAUAAAUGGAGAGGAACAAUUGAGAAACGUAAAACAUUGAGAGCUUCACUAGCUAUGCAGAGACAAUAUAAUGUGGGCCUAAACUCAGUCCCCAAAACUAUUAGUUCAGUUGUAGAUCGAAAUCGUCUUGGACCUCGAUUGGGACCAGUGCCACGUACAAUACCAGAAACAGCAUGGCCUGGUGGAACAGAGGCCAAAAAUCGAAAGAAUCAAGAUUUGUUUAAAGGAGGCCCUCCGAAAUAUCUUCCAGCAUAUACUACAGAUGUAUCCCACUUAGUAGUUUAAAUACCUUAAUUUUUGGAACCUCAUUUUUGCAUUUAAAUCAAUAUUACUCAAAAUAUACAAAUAAUUGGGUUGAAAUAAAUUAGGCACAUAAAAAAAUAAAGUCUCCACAUUAAAGUUACUUUUUGUUAAAUGAAAAAUCUGAAAGUCUUAAGCAUUGUAUGACACUCAAGGUCAGAAUAAAUAAAAAACAACAUUAAAUUGAAACUGAAAUAUUAUUUUAAAAUCACGGUAAGAGUGGCUGCUUGCCUAGUACUUUUAUGCUAAGACUACUCUAAAAUAUCAAAAAUAUUAAGUGUUUCAUUAAGAUUAACUGUCAGAAAUAUAAGUAUUAAAAAAUAUUAAUAAGAGGUUCUUUGAGGAUUCAAAAAAUUUGUUGAAAUUAAAUAUAUUAUUUUUUUAAUUAUUCAUUUUUUACACAUCAAAUGUUUAAAUAAACUGUUAAAGUUGAAAUAUGUGUAUUUUAACGACUUUUGAAAUAAAAUAAAAUAUGCGCUUUAUGGAGCUUUUUGAGAAUGAAGACUUUUACUUUUGAAAUUCAACUGCACCUAAUUAUGAUUAUUGGGCAUAAUUAUUUAAUAUGUGAGUAAAAAAAAUCGAUUUGGCUGAAAUUUCGUAUACGGAUAGGCCUUGUCAUCCUGAACAAAUCCCAAUCGGUCAUUUUUGGUUCUGACUCAUCAUUGACCUGUGGGAGGCUUUUUCGCGCAUAUCUCGCUUUUUUAAGCGUCAAAUUUUCAAAUGUGCAUAUCUUUUUAACUAUAAGUCCGAUUAAUUGAUUAAUGAUCCGAAAAUGAUCUGAAA